AUGGAGGAACUUAGUCUUUGGAAAAGUGAAUGUACACCUCCAUUGCAGAGGACUAAUACCGGUGGUGGUGGUGGUGGCUCUUCUGGAAGUGUCACCAGUUCGACUGCGUCAAGGUCCAAACGGUUCUUCUGCGAUUAUGACGGGUGUGAUAAGGCAUUUAGUAGACCAGUACUAUUAACAGAUCAUCAACAAUCUGUCCAUUUGAGAAUCAAGCCUUUUAAAUGUGAUCAAUGCGAUUCUGCUUUCUCCAAGAAAAGUCAUCUUGAAAGACAUCUAUUCUCACAUUCUUCUGAAAAACCAUUUACCUGUGCUGUUUGUAAUAAAGGUUUGACGACUAGACAGCAAUUGAAAAGACAUGAAAUCACUCACACGAAAUCGUUUGUUUGUCCUCAUGAUGGCUGUUCAGAGUCCUUCUAUAAACACCCUCAGCUGAGAUCUCAUAUCCUAGCUGUGCAUUUGCAGAAAUUAAGAUGUCAGCAUUGUUCCAAGGAUUUCCAGCGUCCUUAUAGAUUGAGAUUACAUAUUGCCAAACACCAUAAUCCAGACGUCGAAAACCCUUAUCAAUGUACUUUCGGAGGUUGUUCAUUGAGUUUUAAGACGUGGACAGCGCUACAGACUCAUACCAAAAAUGAUCAUCCAAAGUUGAAAUGUGCUAUUUGCGAUAAACCGUGUGUGGGUGAAGCAGGUCUACAGAUGCAUAUGGAAGUGCAUAAUGAAUUCUUAGUGGCUAAAAAUUGGAAAUGUUCCAAAUGUGACCCACCAAUUUCAUUUGUGAAGAAAAACGAGUUAAUUACUCAUUAUCUUGAGAUCCAUAAAGAAGAACUGCCUCCAGGCCUGGUGGAAAGUGCUAGUGAGCCUACUUCAAAAGUGGCAGAGUCGCCAGCAAAUGAGAUUCUAACAAGGGCAAAAAGGAGGAAAUUGAAUAAUGCAAGUGCAGUACUUAAUGAAGAGAAAUUAGAGGAAUAUUUGGAAUCAGGAAAUUCUGGAUUAUCUCUUUUGCUGAAUACCGUAGGAAGAAGAUUAAAAUGUAAAUAUCUUGGGUGUAGUAGAACUUUUAAGACUGAAGAAAGGUACGAUAAGCAUAUCCAUAGGCAUAAAAUACAUGAAUUGAAAUUAAAAAUUGCAAUAACGAAAGAAGAUACAGACAAGGAAUAA